GAGACCGUCGCUUCCGCGUAUGUCAAGAAGUCAAGAUGGAAGAAAAGUUGAUAUUGUCUGUUUUUAAUUUUCCUGAGCUGUAUAAUACAACUUUGCCAGAUUACCGCAAUGGUGACACAAGAUCACUUGCUUGGGGGAAAAUAAGCUCAUUGACAGCUCUUCCAGCUGAAGAGUGCAAAAGGAAAUGGAAGAAUCUGAGAGACCGAUACUUCAAGGAAGUACGACAGGAAAAGAGGAGUAAGGAGGAGACAGGGGAGCUUGCUCCAAGCCGAUGGAAAUACAGACAACGUCUGAUCUUUCUUCAACCAUUCAUUAAACCAAGAAACAGCAAUGUGGCCCCUGCCAACCUGGAAAGCCCUGAUACGAUCAAUAAAAGCACACAGAGGGAAAUAAUACCUGUCAAAACACUCAACACAGCCCUGGUGAAUGACAUGAAAACCCCUAGCACCCAGGUUGGCACCAUGUCACAGCUAGCUUUUGUGACACAGCUGUCCCCAGGGCAACAAGGCGACCAACUGUCUUUUCUGGGCAAGCGUCCACCAGGCGCCCAGACGUCCCCAGCGCCCCAGACAUCCGCAGUGCUCCAGUCAUCAAUUUACGCAACCAAGGAGAGGCCUCAGACAAGACAAUCUGCUUCACCAUGUUCCUCAAGCACUCCCUCUAAGCGCUCCGCUAAGAACAGAAUGCUGCUGGCCAAAGAGAAAGAUCACAGAUCGGAUUCCACGAUCCCUAUCCGGCAGUGUGACGAGGAUGAGAUGUUACUCCUCAGCUUCGUUCCUGCUUUGAAGAGGCUAACUCCACAAAAAAGAUGUGAGACCAAAAUUAAGAUCCAACAGAUUAUGUAUGAGGCCGAGUUUAGUAUGGAUCAGCCAGUGACUGUCAAUGAACCACCGGUGACGGUAUCCAAAGAACUGCCAGAUCAAGAGAUGUCAUAACUCAUUCAUAUUGUAGGGUCGACGGGUUGCUCUCAGGAGGUUUAUAUGUUUUUUUAUUUUGACCGAAACGAUUUUUUCCUAAAAUAUAUUUGUUUAAAUCUCUCUCCUAAUGCACAUGAAUAGGCAAGUUAUUAAUGUUCUGUUUUUGCAAUAUCACAUUUUUGUUGGUAUCAUAGAGGUGCAAAAAAUAACAACAUUUUUUUUUAUAGAUGAUCUUCUAAUUUUGCUGUUGUGAAUGCAAGUUGUUAACCCAAUUGAAAAUAAAAUGGGCUGUUAUUCUGUUUCUAA